AUGGAAGUCUUUUACAGGCAGGAACCCCAAUCGUUUCUCUCUCAGCACACGUACAACGACUACCAAAUCAACAAACUGCCAAAAAGUUACUUAUUCUUACUCCAACUCAGCUCAUUCUACUGCCAUCGUCGGCGUGUCAUCGUCUCCAGUCAUGUACAGAAUGUUUAUCGAUGGGCGACCCUGAGUGCGCCUGGGUGCUGCAUGGAGUUGAGUGUGUGGCAAUCAGUGCAAACAUAUACCGACGCGAAUAUUUGA